AUGUCUCAAUUACGAAAACAACCAGCAAAUCAAACGAUUUUUCUAUUAUUAAUCAUCUUGUUCAUUGAAAUUUUAAUCGAUCUGCCAAUUCGUCUUUCUUAUUUAUACGAAAAUCAAGUUCUUAUUCAAACGGGUGGCUUUUGUAUGUUUUGGAAUUGGAUUGCUUCAGUAUUGAACAUCAUUGGAUUACAUUUAAUGGCAUUUGCUUCAAUUGAACGACAUUUUUUCAUUUUCAACAGUCAAUUCCACGCACGACAUCGAUUUUUACUAUCGAUUAUUCCGAUGAUUGUCAGUGUUAUUUAUCCAUUAGCAUUUUAUACAGGAACUGUUUUUGGUUCAUGGUGA